AUGGCUGCUUUCAACAAUUGCUCAGUCCUCUUAUUGUUCAUAGCAUUAUUGUCCAUAUCAAGCAUUACCACAAGUCAUGCUGCUCGUAGCCUACUUCAACUUCCCAACAUGCCUACAAUCCCCUCAUUGCCUCAGCCGACAGUGCCACAAUUGCCUACCAUUCCAAACUUGCCAACAGCAGCCACAUUGCCACCAUUGCCAAGCAUUGCAUCUUUGCCAACGCUCCCAACAGCUUCUCCAUUGCCUUCUUUGCCUGCAUUGCCCUCUGUUCCAAAGGUGACUCUACCUCCAUUGCCUGCCAAUAUUCCUCUACCCAAUAUCCCAUCAUUUCCAAACUUUCCCACUAUUCCAACAUUUUCUCCUCCAUCCAACUGA